CCAAACUCUAUAUACAAAGUAUUUCUUAUCUCCCUUCCUCAAUGAAUAAAUCGCCUCCAGCGGUAAAUGGAUCAUGAGAUGAGCUUGAUCCGCCUUUAUCCGCGCCUUGUGGGUAGGCGAGGCGUUUGGGCCGCGCCUCACGCUUAGGCCCGCUUUUGCGGCGCCUUUUGAGGCCUUUUAGAGCACUGGUUAUAAGUAAUAUGGUAUUAUAUUGCUUCAGGCAAGUAAUGAAGCAACAGAUCUUGGUAGACCUGCAAGUGUGAAGAGGCCCGCAAGUGUGGCUUUCUCUCAAAUUACCAACACUACAGAAAUGAACCCACCUGCAAGUGAAAGGGAAAAUAUUGAUAGGAGUAAGUCUAAACUUCCAUGUAGAAGAACAGGCAGCUCAAAAGGUAACCAACCAGUCUCAGGUUUUGGAUGCUAUGUUGAUGUAAACACUGGUGCAAAGAUUGUAAAUCCCGGGAUGACUAGUGAGCAAGUAGUUUGUCAAAUGCAGCCUCCACUCGGACAUGACCCUGAUGUUAGUGUGAGAUUUGCUAUUCCAAAUGAGAGGGAAAUUCGAGCUACAGGCAGGGUUGUUGAUAAGCAGGUUGAUGUCCCAGCAUAUAGGACCAUUUCUUUCAAGGGUGAUGGAGCCAAUGUUAUAAAUCCAACCAACUUGCCCUUUCAGCCACCCGGUUUGCAAUGGAAUGGGAAGAAAGCUGUCACCGCACGCCAUUUGUUAAAGAAGUUGCAGAAGAAGAAGGGUUCAUCUUCCCAGACUACAUGAUAUUUAUUAAAGAUGCAAAGAAGGAGAUGUUUUGUAAUUAAUCAUUUUUUGGAACAUAUAAAUGCUGGCCUGUUUUUUUGCUAUAGUAGUAGGUGGCAGCAUUAAGUUAGGGGUUGUACAUUACCAUGUUACUGUCAACUAUUGUACUUGUGUCAACAUGACCAAGUCAUAUGCUUUUUUGGAAGGGAGAAGAGCC